UCACCAAAGAGUGGACAAGGAACAAUGUCAAAACCUUGGCUGUGAUCAAAGAGUGUGCGACGUGUACAACAAAAACAAAAACAAAUGAAUGCCAACUGUGGGAACAGGUUCAUCAACAACAUCUUCUCUCUACAAUCUUUACAACAUGAACAAUCUAAAAGUGAAUCCUUUGGAACUCCCAGAAAUCAUCUUGCUUCUUGGUGACUUUCUCGAGCGAAAUGACCUCCUGAACUGCAUCCGCGUCUCCAAGACUUUUCAUAGCACCCUUAUCAGGCGUAUAUGGAAAGACAUCCGUGUCGUCGUACCUGAUUCCGUAUAUCCUACUGGCGAAACACUACAGAAACACAAGAAAUACAUUGAAGCGAUAACAUUUCGAAGUGAUAAUUUUGCAGACCUAAUGAAAUGUUUUGACAUUCCAUACGAGUAUUGGUCAUUGCAGGGAUGUGAUCGCCUCCAGUUCAUCGCAUUCGAAGGAUGGGGGCACGAGCCGAAUGACGAUUUGAAACCCCUCCUCAAGAACCACAGCUCUACCAUCACCAAACUUUGCUUGUACGAUGCUGAAACAUCGCGUGAACUCUGGGAGACAUUGCUGGGAUGUACCAACCUCGAGCAUCUAGAAGUAUCUUCCGUAGAUAUAGACGACGAAAUCGAUGUAUUCCUCCAAGUGUGCAAGAAAAUUAAGUACUUGUACUUGAAUGGACUAUCCUUAAACCGGCUACCUGCCAGCUUCCUUAGUAAUGAGGACAGUGAUUAUAAUCUCUCGAAUAUUCACACACUAAGUCUUAAGAACAUCCGAAUAUUCAGCCAUGACUCGUACAGAUCAGCAUAUUACUUUGGGGCCUUGCUCAGAAGAUGUUCAGGAUUGCGUGUACUGGAAUCCCGAUAUGUGCAAAGCAGCGAUAGUUUCUACAAGGAAGCAUUCCUUCAGCAUCCCUGGACUCAGGAUAACUUGUCAGAGCUGAUUUUGAUUAACGCGCAGUUAAAAGACGAGAGCACGGCGAGAUUCCUCAGACGGAUGCCUGGGUUAAAACGGUUAGACAUCCCUCGCUGUGAGCUCGGUCAGCUCUCUCUGCAGGUAUUACUAUCUGAGAAGCAAGAGACUUUUGAUAAUGGACAAAUGGUAUGGAAGACAAGGCCGCAGAAGCUUUGUGAGACUGUUGAAAGAUUGGUGUUCAAUGUGCGCGGUACCGAUGUGGAUGGGAUUGCUCAAGCUAUUUUAUCCAAUUGUCCACGCCUGAAGAAGUUUGUGGGACCUAAAAUCACCAUGACGGAGAUUGCCAAUGGAGCAGAAUGGGUGAGCACUGGAUUGACCGAAUUGACUGUUUAUCUGGAGGUAGACAUUGAUCAAGAGACUCCCGAUGGCAUAGAGAAAACACGUAGUGUCUUUAAGCAACUUGGAAAAUUGACUCAACUACGGUUUCUUAAACUAACAGAGUGGUACUCAAGCAAUAGUAGAACGCGGACGCUGGAUUUGAGACUAAGAACUGGUCUAGAUGAGCUAGCUAACCUGAAGAGGCUGCGUGAACUAUCGUUCAACAAUGAUGAUCGCCAGGAAAUUGAUUUCGAGGAAGUGACAUGGAUUGUGAACAAUUGGCCAAGAAUCGAGUACUGGAAUGGCGAGUUGGUGUAUAACUUACGUAAGCGGCACAAUAUAAAGAUUAGCAGAUAAACUGAGGAAGCAAAGAGAUGCAACAUCUAUUCGUGGAUGGUGUCUGCCUUCCAAUGCACAUUUGCUCGAUAGGAUGGUGAUGAUAGUGAUAAGGGCAGUCAUCGUCAUAAAGAAGCAUUAGAAACUAAAACAACUAGGAUAUACAUAGCUUCAUAAGUAAUGAAUAUCAGGAGGCUUUUACAUAUCAAGUAUAUACUUCUUUGUACACAAUGCUUCGAUUGUGGUUAUUUAGCUCAG